GGUGGAGCCGUGCGUCACGGCGCGUCUUGGUGAUCACAGGUCAAAAACCCACCGCACCGUUGCUGCCACAGGUAUCUCACUGCUCGGAUCCGACGGCUCUACUGAAGGGAUGGCCAACUCUAACGGAUACACCGCAGACAUUCUGCGCGUCUACAGGGGAACAUUUAUCCACUCGACCCAGCAAACAGCGGUGGAGAUCCUGGAAGAUGCGCUCCUGGGAGUGGAUGUGAAGGGGAAGAUUGCUUUCAUUGGAAAAGAUUCGGAGCUUGACGGACUAUCUAAGAAGUUUGGAUUCAGUCCGUCUGAAAUCACUCAGCUGGCACAACAUGAGUUUUUCAUGCCGGGAAUGGUGGACACCCACAUCCAUGCAUCCCAGUACAGCUACGCUGGCACAGCCUUGGACAUGCCCCUAAUGCAGUGGCUUUGUACCUACACCUUCCCUGUGGAGUCUCGGUUCAAGGACCUGGAGUUUGCCCAACGGGUCUACACCAAGGUGGUGAAAAGGACCCUGAGAAACGGAACCACCACUGCAUGUUACCACGCUACUAUACACACGGAUGCCACUCUCCUGUUGGGCCAGAUUGCAAAUGACCUUGGACAGCGAGCCUUGGUGGGGAAGGUGUGUAUGGACAGAAACAACCCUGCCAAGUAUUACAAAGAGACCUGUCAGGAGUCUCAAGAGGAAACUUGUCGGUUCAUCGCGGAGCUCCUGGACAAAAAGUACCCUCUUGUGAAGCCAGUGGUGACCCCCCGCUUCGCUCCGACCUGCACGGGAGCUUUGCUGGGACAGCUGGGAGCGAUCGCCAAGAAUAACAACCUGCACAUUCAGAGUCACAUCAGUGAAAACGCUGAGGAAAUUAAACUUGUGAAGGAUCUGUUUCCUGAAUCCAAGUCUUACACAGACGUCUAUCACAAGUACAACCUGCUCACUGACAAGACAGUGAUGGCCCAUGGCUGCCACCUCACUGAUGAAGAGCUGACCCUGUUCAGAGAGACAGGGACCUCUUUGUCUCACUGUCCCAAUUCCAACAUCUCGUUGUGCAGUGGAGUGCUGAAUGUCCGCAAUGUCCUGAAUCACAAAGUGAAACUGGGGCUGGGAACAGACGUGGCGGGCGGCUACUCGGCCUCUAUGCUGGAUGCUUUGAGGAGAGCUCUGGACUCAUCCAAAAUGUUGACCAUUCAGGAUCCAGGACACAAAACGCUCACCUUUGAGGAGGCGUUCAGAAUCGCCACACUGGGAGGCAGCCAAGCCUUGUCCCUGGAUGACCAAACAGGGAACUUUGAGGUGGGCAAAGACUUCGACGCCCUGAGGGUGAAUGUAACUGCUCCCGGGGGACCCAUCGACCUGAUCCAGAGUGAUGGACCAAAGAUUCUUUUGGAGAAGUUCCUGAAUUUGGGUGAUGAUCGGAACAUAGUGGAGGUGUUUGUGGCUGGGAGGAAGGUGGUACCGUUCACAGAGCCAAAGCCAGAGUAAAUGCCUCAGGGAAAGCCAUCUUGAGGAGGAUUCUUCAAGAUGGCUGGACAAGAUGAAGAGGAGCUAAAAUACAUAUCUGUGAAAUAGCUCAAGAAUGACCAGCUGGAAAAAGCCCUAUCGCUGCACAGCUCUCCUUUGUUCCCUAAACCAAUGAGAUGAAUCAUAGCCAUAAAGAUUUUUACCGUGAAAUCCGGAGGACAGAAUAGAUUACGUGUCAUGCAGGACCGUGGUCAGCUGAGCUCGAUCUGAAGCCCGAUCAGCCUGUCCCUUAACUCCUCAAGGCUGCUUACUGAGCUUGAAAACAGGAUAUACAGAACUUGCAGUGAACAUUGCAGUUUUGCAUACUAAAACACAAUUAUGCACCAGCUGGUAAAAGAGCUAGAUUUUAUGUUCUUUCUGUUCUUGAAGCCUUGUUUUUUUUUUGUUUUUUUUACUUGAUUUACAUAAACUGCUUAACUAACAAAUAUAUAAUGCAAGUACGUUGUAUUUCAUAUUGCGUAUUUUCCAUUGGUUAUCACAUAUUACCUCAAGAAAUUCUAACUGGACGUUCGUCCAUGAAGUCAAGUGGCAUAUUCAUGUAGCGCUGUAGCUCGGUGCUCAGUGUAGCUGCAGCAGCUUGACAAUCUCACUGUCGUAGCGAGGAAAUGCUCUAGGAUCAAACCACUGGGAUCAACCUGAGUUCAGAGAUAUUGUAGUAUUGUAUUUUUUUUGUGUGUGUUUUUCAUUCAGUUUAUUUUUUAUUGUUUCAAAAUGUAAGUAAGUAGAAGUACAUUAGGCAUAAUUUUUAUUAGUAUAACAAUUAUCACAACAUUAUCCACAGAGUUUGAAUCUGUCCGUCUGUCUCCUACCACCACACAGGCGAUAGUCCAGAUGGAAAAAGUGACGAGUUCACUACUUAGUCUAUUAAGUAAACAAAAUGAAUUCACAAAAUUCCAAAAAAGGAUGUAUUCUGACACCUGUGUUCUUACUAAACAGAAAAAUACAUCUAAGCUGUCUGAAUCCAAGUUUUGCGCUCGACUGCCUUGUUAACUCAUCAAAAACACACCAAAACUGUCGGGUUUGUCCUCCCACAGUCACCUCUGAUUUUAGUCGAAUCAAUCCUCAAUCCAAUAGGUUAAAUGUGAAAAUAUUCUAGUGGUAAACACGUCGUUUUCACCUGGUGCUGUUGCCUGACCCUCUUUCACUCCGCUGCCGCUUCAAGGCACUCCUGUCCCCACGGCUAAGUGAGCUGCUGCUUGAUAAUAGCUGCAAGUCGCUACAGCAUAAGUUAGCAACUGCAAAGAAUACAGUGAGCAUCUUAGAAUUCUGUCCAUUUCUUGUGAAUUACGUCUUUAAGAAGGUCAGAAUACAUAUUAUGAUACAACACAAUCCAGUUGUCUCAGGGUCAUGUAGACGUCUCCAAUCUCAAUCAACAUACGAUGACAAAUUUGGCCAAAUUCCCAAAAACUGAAACUAAAAACAUGUUUGGGGGUAUUUAUAUGAUAUAUUAUCAGUUAACUUAAAGGUUGCUUUCUUUUUCACACACAGUUUUGGUUUGAAGUUUAGGUUUAGUGAAGUUUAAUAACCUUGCUUGAAUGAUAUGCUGUUCACUCCACUCAGGUGCUUUAAGUGAGAAAGGUACAUCAUUAUAUUACAGUAUUUUAUAGUUUCCUCUUGACUUGGUUUCAGUUUGACAUGUUCAUCACUCGAUGUGAUGAAACCAGGGACUCAUGAUAAAAACUUUAAGUCUUAUUCCAGUUUUAGACCUUUUGUCUGUAUUACUGAGUGGAAUGUGGAAUUGUCCUUUAUAUCUGCUGCUUUAUUAUCAAAAUCCACUUUUACUACUGAGAUGAUUGAUUUCAAUAUUAACCCACUGACCAUUAGAACUGUCUCGUGAAUGUUUGGAAAUCAAGGGAAAUUAAAUGGAUUUAUUUCUGUGUCUGUGUUUGUCUUGAUAAAUAUUUAAGACAAAUUUACUUUUUUUUUUUACUGAAAUAAAGCUGAUUUUUAUCACCACAAGACAUCAAAUUGUUUAUGUAAAAGGCACUCUUUGUACUGAUUUGUCUUAUUACGGGAGCUUGAAAUAAAGAUUACCUCCAAGUCUG